AUGGAAGACCCUGUUCUAGGCAGCUGGCCACCUGUUGAGCUGAGUGAGCUUCGAUUAGCCUGUGAGGAAUGCCACAAGCGAAAGAUACGAUGUCGUGUCUCGCACCACAGCUCUGAAGGCACCUGCGAGGCCUGUUCGGAAAAUCAGCGGCAGUGUCUUUUUUCUCUCAAGUCCAAGACUGGACGGCCGAGAAAAGCAAACUCCCAAAACAAUACAAGACACGGCGUCAAUCGAAAUCGCCGGGCCAUAUCACCCUCAUUCCUCGAUCGCACCUCUUCCGGCGACUCAGUGGCCAAGCAGAGUAAAGCACAGCGUCGCUCAAGCACGAGUAACCAGAUUACCGACUACUUUUCGUCGGCAUUAUCAUUACCAACGUCGCCUCCUCUGUCCUACUUGACUCCACACCGCCACACCUCCAACACCGAAAAAGAUUUGACCGUCUUCCAAAACUUCCAUUCGCAGGUUGAGGAUAUGACGACCGACAGGCUGAUGUCCAGCCUCCCACUACCGUCGCCCUUGGACACCAGUCCGUUGCCCGACAGUGCCGGCCAGAAUGCCAUGGCAAACUGCUUUAACCACAUGUCAGACGUCUCCGGCGAGGCAGCCACCACGUCGACAGAAUUCUUCGACGUCAUGCAGAUCUGCAACGAGAUACACGGAUGGAGCCAGAACUGCUCACUUGAUCUGUGCGCCGACACGAGCCGAAACAAAAUCUUUGCCAUGUCCUGCACCAUUGACAAGCUGUUUCAGACGGUAUUGAAGAUGCCACAAGACCAGGGUAGCUUCCAAGCUCGUAAAGAGCAAUACUCGUGGACCAUCUUGCGUGUAGCCGUUGAGGAAGCUGUUGAAAUCAUAGCUGAUCUCGUUUUCUUUACCCUAAAAAUGGGCGAACAGCAGUCGAGCCACAGACAGGGAAGCAAUACAAGCUGUGCUUCAAGUUGUAGAAACUCUAGUACUAGCCAGUCUUGCCGAUGCUCCAGGACGGCCUUGUUGAGUCGCACUGAUCAGGUCAGAAGACAGGCCUGGGGCUUAAUGGAGAAGUUGCGGGAUAAAUGGGUAUGA